AGUUGUCAAUAUCUCUCGGUCGACCAAUCAAAAACGACCUCAGACAAUUGGUUCAGCAUAUAAAUGGCUUCCAUAAAGUUAAACUAUGCUUCUACAAAAAGAAAGAAGUUAGAAUGACAAUAUGGAAAGGAAAGAUGAUCAAGGUAAAGCAUCGUAAAGCAGAUUUGGCCGCUGAGAAGAUUUUCCAAGCGAAGUAUUUGGGUUUUGUGAGCACAAAUGAACCAGGGGUAGCUGGAAUUGAACAAGCGGUGCGUAAAAUCUACGACAAUGUCAAGCUGGAGGAAAAGUCAUGCCCGAAAAUCACUCUCGAAGUCUGCAAAGAAGGCUUAAAGAUAACCGAAGCAAAACGCCAUCAAGACUGUCGAUUCUAUCCUAUUAAAGACAUGUCUUAUUGCACUUUGAACCGCUACGAGACUUGUAUUUUUGCUUUUAAUCAUCACGUCUCUAAAUCACCAAGGAAAGUUGAGUGUCACGCUGUUAUGUGCAACUCAGAAGAGAAGGCGAAAGACAUCGCUCUCGCCUUGUACUCGGCAUUUCGCGAGGGACAUUUCGAAGAGCUCCGUAAAGAGAGGAAAAGUGGUACUUUGCCAAGGAAAGAGGAUACGGGGAGCGAGGGAAAAGACGUCUGCGAAACGUAUUCCUCAAAUGGAGACACGACUAGCGUGGAGACUACCAAAGUCGGGGUGAUCGAUGGAGAGGAGAAAGAACUUGAUAACAUAGUUAAGGAUAUGUUAGCGACUGUUGAACGUGAGUCGGCCACUUUGAAAAACAAAACGUAAUGCCAGACGGCAGACGCACUUGAGUUUCAAUAAAAACCGCUAUAUACCGGUAACUGGUGUAAAAUAUAAUUAAAAAGUAAUUGUCAGAGAUUUAUUUUAUUUCUUUUUGUAUUUGACUUUUUAUUCAAGGGUAGCUGAAAGCAAGACCUUAGUUUUUAAAACCUUGAAAACAUAAUGAAAACUUAAUUUCAAGUUGUGAUAAACAAGAGAGUCGCUCAACAGAGAUUCCUUAUUUUAGGUUGAUGUUUAAUAAUGAGGGAUGUACAAAUUAGAAGGAAAAUAAAAAUAACGGUUUCAUAUUACAGGUAAUUGAAAUAUGAAGUUUUCGCAUCACUUUCGUCACGCGAAUCCAGUAUAGCUUUGACAUGAAAAUUGUGCCAUUCAUAUCACUAGACUCCUCGACAUUGACAUAACAUUUUUGAAAUUAUAGUAGCAUUAUUUAAUAACGAUCAUUUGAUGUAAUUAAAUUUUACCAGUGAAUCCAUUAAAAGCAAAUCGAAUAUCAUGCAAAGAAAAUAGAAGAAGUCUUCCAGUAAGAUAUUAAAUGGUAUAAUGUUACUGAAA